GAGAGAGAGAGAGAGAGAGAGAGUGUUUUUCUCUAAAAAGUUGUGUUUCGUCGGAAGGAGCAAUAAAAUACUUUAGGCACUUACAAAUUCAAAAUGUAAUAUCGUGCAAAGAGGAUUUCGGUUGUUGAUCCCGAGUUUCUUGAGCCACUCUCAAGUCCAGUGUAAGCACCGCUCACCAGUUCAGCUGUGCACGUAAACGGAUCUUGAUGCGUACACAAGGAGAAAGUUCUGUCGUUUUGCUGACACCACCGAGAGAAUUUUGUGUAGUGUAUGCGCAGUCCCCUUUCACGUUGGCGCGCUACUCCAGCCCAGUUGUUGCGGCGCGGUCGGAGGCGCUCAGCGGGAGGAGGAGGAGGAGAUCCGGAGAGUCGAGCGCGCAGCCUAACUAACUAACUAACUAACUAACCGCUAACGGGCGCGUGGAGAGCGCUGAUCUGAUCUGAUCUGCUCUGAGAAACGAGUUGUGUCGGGACUUGCGCGUCAAGCAGAAGGUGGAAGAAAUGUCCUGUGCAGUACAAUGAGAGCCAGUUGGUCGCGAGCAAGAGAAGUCCUCUCAUGAGACCCACCAGAGCAAUUUUGAUGAGCGAUUCCGAGACGUCUGUGGAUUCCCUAAAGAGUGGAUCGCACGCGCUGAGAAGCAUGAGAGAUCCGUGGCGCUUGCCCCGGAGCGCCGUGUUGGAAUACUGGACAGCGGUUAUGGUGUGCCUUGUUUGGAUUCAGUGUUCUUGCGGGAUGCCGCAUGUCAUACGGAUAGGAGGGAUUUUUGAACAAACAGAUGGUCCAGUCUCACUUGUCAGUGCAGAGGAACUGGCCUUUAAAUUUGCUGUCAAUAACAUCAACAGAAACAGGACAUUAUUGCCAAACACAACAUUAACAUAUGACAUCCAGCGGAUUAAUAUCUAUGAUAGCUUUGAGGCCUCAAGGAAAGCUUGUGACCAGCUGUCUUUAGGUGUUGUGGCCAUAUUUGGGCCAUCUCAUAGCUCCUCGUCAAAUGCAGUACAGUCCAUCUGCAAUGCACUAGAGGUUCCACACAUCCAAGUGAGGUGGAAACAUCAUCCUAUGGACAACAGAGACACAUUUUAUGCCAACUUGUACCCGGACUACUCCUCCCUAAGCUACGCCAUCCUGGAUCUGGUACAAUUCCUCAAGUGGAAAACAGCCACUGUGGUGUAUGAUGACAGCACCGGUUUGAUUCGACUCCAGGAGUUGAUCAUGGCCCCUUCCAGGUACAAUAUAAGGCUGAAGAUCCGACAACUCCCUCUGGACACUACUGACACCCGCCCCCUGCUGAAGGAGAUGAAGAGGAGCCGGGAGUUCCGCAUCAUCUUCGACUGUAGCCAUAUCAUGGCUGCACAGAUUCUUAAACAAGCCCAGAUGAUGGGAAUGAUGACAGAGUACUACCACUACAUCUUCACUACUCUGGAUCUUAUGGCCAUCAAUCUAGAGCCUUACCGUUUCUGUGGUGUCAAUAUGACCGGUUUCCGCAUCCUGAAUGUGGAUAAUCCUCAAGUGGCUUCCAUUGUGGAGAAAUGGUCCACAGAGAAGCAGAUCCCUCCAAAACCUGACUCCGGCCUGCUGGAAGGAAUUAUGACGACAGAUGCUGCUCUGACAUAUGACGCAGUCCACAUUGUGUCCGUCUCCUACCAGCACGCACCACAGAUGACAGUCAACUCGCUGCAGUGUCACCGCCACAAGCCCUGGAGGUUCGGCGGGCGCUUCAUGAGCUUUAUUAAGGAGUCUCAGUGGGAUGGCCUGACCGGACGUUUGUGUUUCAACAAGACCACUGGCCUGAGGACAGAUUUUGACUUAGACAUUGUCAACCUGAAGGAGGAUGGCCUGGAAAAGGUGGGAAAGUGGAGUGCUUCAGGAGGCCUGAACAUCACAGAGCUCCCUAAGAGGAAUGGCAUGAACAUCACUGACUCACUCUCCAACCGCUCCCUGGUCAUCACCACAAUACUGGAGGAGCCAUAUGUCAUGCUUAAGAAGUCUGACAAGGCACUUGUUGGAAAUGACCGCUUCGAGGGCUUCUGCGUUGACCUGCUGAAGGAACUGGCUGGUAUUCUGGGGUUUGCUUAUGAGAUCCGUUUAGUGCCUGAUGGGAAAUAUGGCUUCCAGGAUGACAAGGGCCAGUGGAAUGGCAUCAUAAGAGAACUUAUGGAGCAUAGAGCAGAUUUGGCUGUAGCUCCCCUUACCAUCACCUUUGUGAGGGAGAAGGUGAUUGAUUUCUCCAAGCCAUUCCUGAACACAGGGAUCAGCAUCUUGUACCGCCGGCCAAACAGUACCAACACCGGGUUCUUCUCCUUCCUCAAGCCCAUGACCCCCGAUAUCUGGGUCUACAUCCUGCUGGCCUACCUCGGCGUUAGCUGUGUUCUGUUUGUCAUUGCCAGAUUUAGCCCUUAUGAGUGGUAUGAUGCUCAUCCAUGCAACCCAAGCUCUGAUGUGGUGGAGAACAACUUUACACUCCUGAACAGCUUCUGGUUUGGUGUGGGCUCCCUCAUGCAGCAAGGUUCUGAGCUGAUGCCCAAAGCUCUCUCCACACGGAUUAUUGGGGGCAUCUGGUGGUUCUUCACCCUUAUCAUCAUCUCCUCCUACACAGCCAACUUGGCAGCUUUCCUCACUGUGGAGAGAAUGGACUCUCCUAUUGACUCAGCUGAUGACCUGGCCAAACAAACCAAAAUUGAAUAUGGAGUAGUAAAAGAUGGAGCUACUAUGUCAUUUUUUAAGAAAUCCAGAGUCUCAACAUUUGAAAAGAUGUGGGCCUUCAUGAGCAGCAAACAGAGCACAUCACUUGUCAAGUCUAUUGAAGAUGGCAUCCAAAGGGUUCUGAAAUCUGACUAUGCCCUGCUUAUGGAGUCUACAACCAUUGAAUAUGUGACUCGCAAGAACUGCAACCUAACCCAAUUUGGAGGCAUUAUUGACAGCAAGGGUUAUGGCAUUGGCACCCCCAAAGGCUCACCGUACAGGGACAAAGUGACCAUAGCCAUCUUGAGCUUGCUGGAAGAUGGACGCCUACACAUGCUGAAGGAGAAGUGGUGGAGUGGAAGUAGUUGUCAGGAAGAUGAGCGCUAUGAAACAGGCCCGAUGGGCAUCCAGAACCUGGGUGGCAUCUUCAUUGUUCUGGCUUCAGGCCUGGUGCUUUCCAUUUUUGUGGCUAUAGGGGAAUUUAUCUACAAACUUCGGAAAACAGCAGAACGUGAACAGGUCUUUCUGCAGUGCGGUGGUGGAAGAGAUCAAACUGUCGUUCACGUGCGAGAGAAGAGUGAAACACAAACGGCACCAUGCACCACCCACAGCGAAGACGGACGCCGUGAUCAACAUGCACACCUUCAACGAGCGCCGUCUACCGGGAAAGGACAACAUGAGCUGCAGCAGCGCUGCAAUGACGCCCGUGUUUCCAUGACAUGCCUGGGUGACGGUCACCUGAGGCAUAUGCCUAGCACUGUGCCCGAGAGCAUGGACUAUGGCACCGAAAUGAUAACAGCAUUCACCCUCAACCGCAGAGACACCCGCAACCACACAGCCAAGCAGAACGGUGGUGCAAGCAGCAACCCAGGUAAUGACCAUGUCCUCAAACCUAUGUAUCCCACCAUGCCAUUGAGGGAGGGAGGACGCUCUGUGUCCUUUCUCUGAGAGAGAAAGAGAACAAUGAGGCCAGAGCUAGCUAGGACCGAGUCUGAUGUUUAUGUAUGAAAAACAAACACAUGUUCACCAUCUGUUCACUGGAAAUCAAGGAGUACCCAGUAAACCCAUAGCCUUGCCACCCCCACCCCAAUCCCACUCAUACCGAGAAGAAAAGAGACAAGCAAUCCUUUGGAAGAAAUGAUUUAAGAGAAUAAGAGGCUUCUUUGAAGUACGGCAAUAAAAGCACUUCAAACUGACAAGAGGGGUGUAGAUUUUUGUCCUGGAGUACCAUUUAUAGCACAUCAAAUUAAUUUAGAAAAUUUGUGCUUUCACUGUUGUUAUUUGGGUUUGUAAAGCACUGAGGGUCUUGGGCGCUACACAGGAGCAUAUGAUUCUAUUGGGCUACAUUACUCAGAUGCUUUGAAUCUUUUAUUUAAUUUGAAAUUGUAGACUGUCUUAUUGGUAAUAUCUGCAGUUAGUCACAGUGUGCAAAGCUCUAGAUCUGCAUUCCCAAGAAGGCUACAGAGAAGGUGGCCUCCUUCCUGGUUCACCAAUUGAAUGCACAAAACAAACAAGGUAAUAAAGGUUCUGAACCAUGUGCUCUGUCUUAUCAUAGUGCCAUAACUAAAUUCAAUUUGUUUGUGCUCUACAUCACUUGUGCCACCAGAUGUUUUGUACACAUUCAAUGAUAAUAAGAUGACUGAUUAACAUAAUAAUUGCCAAAGAUCUGUCUACAAAAAAUGUUAGAUAUUUAAAUACAGCAUCUAUCCUAAAAGUGCAAAGGAUAAGACUGAUUCAGUUGCUUGAUAAACUGUUUAUUGUGCAAAUUCACUUACAUAUUUUUAUAUAUUUAAUGAUUCAUCGUAAGGCAUAAUUGCUAACCACAUAAUAGUAAGAUAUGGUGAAACCUACUAAGUUUGGUAUAAUUCACUAAACAAAAACAAAUAUAAUUGAAAACAAAUCUUUCAUUAACUUCAGUGUGGUAGUGAUUUGCAUUCUGUAUAACACAUUUACUUUUUUCAUUUCAAUACAAAUAGAAACAUAUUUAUAGAGAUGCAUAAAUACAUCUAAUUAAAUAUCUGCCUAAAGUGUGGAUAUUAGAUUUUCUGUUCAGAAUGGCCUUUGUUAACAGCAUUUGCAAUAUAAAAUUAACACACUAUGUAUCCGGGCUUUUCGUUUAUUUCUGUACUUGCUGUCUGGGUCAGUGAGUGAAGUGACUUGUAAAGAGGCUGAAAAAAAAAGAUUAUUGUGUUGUAAUUUGCCUAAUGUACAAUAUUAACAGGAAAGCACAUAUCUACAUACACAAAAAAAUUAUCACUGUCCAAUAACCUACAGAAUGCACUGUAGGUGUGACAUUCUCACAAUGUACACUUUAUGCAGUGACCCUCCUUUCAUUGUACGUGUGUGUGUGUGUGUGUGUGUGUGUGUGUGUGUGUACCGUUUUGUAUGCUUGCAUACAUGUGUGCAUGCAUGCAAGUAUGUGUGCAUUUCAUGUGGCAAAAUUUUAAAAUACUUAAUAACAUUGGCUCUUGCAUUGCCUUUAGCCGUUAUUCAUUUCGCAGGCAUGAGCUAAAAGCUCUGCAGCAGCAGUUAGGCUUUUAGCAUGCUGUAUGUGAGGAGGUGCUGAAGUCUGCCAUGAUGCUCACUGAAAGUAGCAUUCUGAUUCUUUAUUUUCCAGUUUUGAGGGUUCAUUGCAGCCACAAGUUUUACCAAAUGGGAUUCCUCAGAAUAAAGGCAAAAACCCAACGAUUGGGUUUCUUAUACAGAGAGAAAAACGACCCCAUUUCAUACUAGUCUUAUUUAUCCUAGUCAGUGACCAACAUUAAGUGGCUGUUUUUGUAGACUGCAUUAGCUUAGGUUCAGUGUCUAAGAUUUCCUUAGUUUGUGUAGAUGUGACAAACAAUACAGAUGACCAGUGUUAGCAUUAUGAGACGUAGGUGCUAAGAGUCUUGCUGCCUUUUCAGAUAGCUCAAGAGACCGCAUACCUCUGUGAGGUAAAUAUAAAGGACAGUGUCAAAAAAAAAAAACCAUCUUGUGUUCAGUAUUUUUAUUGCCGAUAAUGUAACAAUCAAAAUAACUCCAAUUCAUGUGACUUGGUGUUGAUGCGGUGAAAGCUCAUUGUGUAUGUGUCAUUUAAAUUUAAUGUAAUUUUCACACCCUCUUGCAAAGUAGACUAUAUAUUAGAUUAAACUGAGAAUUAAUGUAUUUUGCUAAAUACUGAUUUUUACCUGUAAAUUGUCUUCUUUAUUUCCCAGCACUGUUUGUUUUUAAUCUUUCAAAUGCUGUAUCAGAAAUUGUACAUGCAUUUUGUAGUAUAGGAUCUGAUAUAUGGCUAUACUUAAGAGAGAAUUUAGAGGACAGUGAUUUUAUUAUCCAUGGUACAUGUGCAUUACCAUUGGCUGAUAGCAGUAUCAAGUAAGCAAAGGAAAUUGUGUGAUGUAUGUAUUCCCCUUUUAACGUAUUCAUAUCAGGUGUACAUAAAUAAAGAACUGAAUUUUAUUCUCAGUGCAGUAUAGCUGUGAUUGAUUUGAAGGAAGGUAUGACUUUUCAUGAUUUCUUUCACAUUUCUGCAAAACUCUUUAUGGCUCUUUGGAAUAUCAACUUUUUAUCACUUUAAAAUGCAUAACAGAUUUUAUUUUGCACAGAUCCUGAAAUGUCUGGCUCCAAAUGUGAGACUAGAAUGUGGUACUAUGCCUUUAUUCUAAAACAUUAUGAAAUAUUAAAAUAUUAUAAAUAAAGUAUGAGAAAGUAUCAUUCAAACAGUUGAUCUCAAUUACUUAAAUAAAUUAGGUGAAGAUGCUAUUAAACUAUCAUUCACAUUUAAGGUCACCAGAUGUUGUAGUAUCAUGAGUAUUUUGUAGAUUUUUUUAGUGUACCCAGUUGUGGAAUAAAAGUUUGUAAAUUUGUUGUUAAUUAGAUUUCUUAAUGAAUGGCUUCUACAGUGUGAUUUAAGUCAUACAUAAUUGUAAAGACAACAUUAUGCAACAAACACCACUGAACAUUUUACAGAUGUUUAUGAAUCAUUAAAUACUGUAAAUGGUUACAUAGUCAAAAUCAUGAAUAAAAACAUGAAAUCUUUUUUUUAUUGGCAAUAAUCUGAACCAAAUGCUUUAUGUAGCUCGAUUCAAUACAAAGUUGUUUCAUUUAAUAUAUUUCUUUUUGGAAGUCUUGCUUGAGUGUUUCCAUUUAUUUUUAUGAUUUAGAUAACAUUUUUGUUACCUUGAUAACAGCCAUUCAUACAGAAAUCCAGACAAUUCCAAUGGGUUCACAAACUAUUUACACAGCUGUAAGCCUAAUUAUCCUUACACUGUGAGAAAUUAAUUUCGUUACUUAAAUGUAUUAUUUACUGUGCCACAGUGUAAAGACCACAUUAUUCAAAUAUUUCUGUAACCUUUAUGAACCGACUAUUAUGAAGUGACAUUUUUCUGUAUUGAUUGCAACUUAAAAUAGAACAUUUAGUUUGAGUAUUUGAAUCAGUCCUAUUUAUGGAACAUAAACCUCUAUUUUAUAAAAUAAUUAUUAAACAAUGUGAAUGCUGUU